AACCCUGAAAACUGGCAGAAUAAAAUUGUAAGCAACACAAAUUUUUUUUUAAAAGUGUGUAAAAACAAAAUUUAUAUUUUCCAAAAUUUACAAUUUUGUAAUGGGCGAUGGCGGCUACAAUCCCUAUGACAACCGCGAUGUGGAGAAGCCACUAUCGACUUGUGAGGCUUUCAUGACCUUACUCAAGUGCGUUAUUGGCACUGGCAUUUUAUCCAUGCCCUUGGCCUUUAAGUAUUGUGGCAUUAUUGGAGGCGUAGUGAUGACAACUCUCUGUACUGCCCUAAUCAUUUAUGGAAUGCAACUACUGAUAAAGUGUAUGAUUGAAUCCAGCCGUCGCAAUCAGGUAGGCUAUAUGAAUUUCCCAGAAACAAUGGUGUUUUCCUUUAGUGUGGGCCCAAAGUGCUGUCAGUCUAUAUCCAAGGGAGUCAGCCCGUUGGUGGAUAUUAUUUUGUGUAUUGCGCACUAUGGUUUCAACGUAGUGUAUCACGUGUUCGUUUCCAUACAUUUCAAGGAACUUUCAGAUAUUUAUAUAACUACCUGCGAUUUAAGAGUUGUUUGUGCUAUAGUUGGGCUUUUAUUCUUGCCCCUGUUUCUUGUGCGUCAGCUGAAGUAUCUUGUGCCCUUCUCGAUAAUUGCAAAUAUAUUGAUCUACUUAAGCCUCUGCACCAUUUGCUAUUAUAUGUUCAGAGGCUUGCCCAACCUUAGUGAUAAUCGUAUGCUGCCCUUAAGUGUUUUAGAUAUCCCCAUAUUCGUGGGAAUCGUCAUGUUUGCCACGUCGUCUGUCGGUGUGAUGCUGGCUGUUGAGGCCAAAAUGGCUAAGCCUGCCCUUUACUUGGGUUGGUUCGGUAUUUUGAGCUUGUGUGCCGUCUUCGUUUGCCUCACGAAUAUGAUUUUCGGAUUUCUUGGCUACUGGCGUUAUGGUGAUAACAUAGCCGCUAGUGUUACCAUUAAUCUGCCCGGGAAGGAAAUCGUCGCGCAGCUUACUAAGUUGGGCAUUGCACUUGCUGUCUAUUUUACCUACCCUCUGAGUGGCUAUGUUCCCAUAGAGAUCAUCAUGAACCAUUAUCUGAAUAAAAAUGGCAAACUGAAGCAUCCCCGUAUGGUUGAAUACGCAAUCCGCAUUGCUUUCGUAAUUGUAAUUACAUUGAAUGCCAUUGCUUUUCCGAAUUUGGGUCCACUCGUGGCGUUGGUUGGUGCCUUUGCUAUAUCCCUACUAAAUCUAAUAUUCCCAUGCUGUAUAGAAAUGUGCCUUUUAUAUCACGAUUCGUAUGGAAGACUUAAGUGGAUAUUAAUCAAGAACAUUCUUAUGAUCAUAUUUGGGAUGUUUGUCCUUUGUUAUGGCAGCUAUAGUGCUAUUAGGGAUAUGGUUCAAGAUUAUAGUCGCAAAUAAGAAGCGAAAACAAUAUCUACCUUGAAUGAGACAGAAACAGCGUCUUCUAAUAAGAUCACCAAGAAGAAUCAAAAUAGUGCACAUGCACUUUCUUUUGCAAAAUAUGCCCCUUUACUAGAAAAUACUCUUUUAUAUCUACUGAAUGCAGCUAUUUCCCUCAAAGUGACAGAAUUGGACAUGUAUGUACAUAUGUUUGGCACAUUUUAAAGGUGGAUAUAUUUAUG